AUGGUAGCAUCUCAUCCGUCUAAAGCUGCUGCUCUAGCUCCAACAACCACUCCCCCGGUGGCCACACCUCCUGCGACCACUCAUUUUGCGGCUACACCUCCUAUUGUGACACCUGUGAGCUCGUCGUCAGCGCUAGUUCCGGUGAGUUCUCCACCAGCGCUUGUUCCAGUGAGCUCUCCCCCUGCAUUGGCACCGACAACUCCGACACUCGUGGUAGCACCCAACGCUGAGGUUCCCGCUCCCAAGUCGAAGAAGAAGAUGAAGAAGAGUAAGAAGCACACUGCACCAGCACCGUCGUCGGCAUUGCUUAGCCCUCUCACUCCUCCGAUGGAAACUCAAGGAUCAAGCCAGGAUGCGUCGUCUCCUAAAAAAAAGGUGUGA